AUGUUUAAUAAAUACUCUUUAACUUUUUAAUCAACGAAUUUAGAAUUAGAAUACAGAGAAAGCCAAAUACCCGUUGUGAAAAGAGAGUAUACAGCAUUUUCUUUAUAAGCAUGCGUAAUUUUUAUAUGAAAAAAGUAGUUAUACAUGAUUUUUUAUUCCAUUUACUACUUUAGAAGUCAGCCUUAUUUUAUAGCCAUAUUGCUUAGUUGUUGUUUUAUAGUUAUUUUUAUUAUCUUCUCAAAAUUUUUAGUAGAUAAAUACCCUAGUGUCAUUAAUAUAAUUUUACCUAUUCUAUAAAUAAUUAUGGCUAUGAUAUAAAGUGUUGAUUAUAUUUUUAGAGAAAGUAAUCCAAAUUAUUCCUAUAAUACAAACUAUGACUGGUAUUAUGGAUUUUCAGCUUGCUAUUUUCAUAUUGGUAAAUUUUUCACUUUAAAAGUAGCAAUAUUUAUUCAAGGUUAUGUAUUAUGGUCUCAAACAUUUAUUGUAAUAGGCUUAUUACUUGCAUAUAUAUUAUGGGCUUAUAAUUCCUCUUAUGUUUAUGUUAGUUUACUUUUAAGUUUUAUUUCUGUAAUAGUUGGGAUGAUUGCAAUUAAAUACAGUAUAGAGAGUAAUAAAAGACAAUAAUUUCUUCAUAAUAGAGAAAGAAAAAAAUGGUUUACAGUAAAUUCAUAUAAUUUAAAUUAUUAGAUAAUUGAUACAGUCUUAGAAUAAUCGAUUUUAGUUAUUAAAUUGGAUAAGUAAUAAGACUAGUUGAGAAUACAUUAAAUGAAUAAUAUUACUAGAGAAAUUUUAAAAAUUCAUAAUGAUAACGAUUUAAGAACAAGUUUAAGAAAUGUAAAAUUUUAAGAUAAAUUAUAAAGCUUACUUAUUCAAAAGGAACAAAAGUUUUGGGGCAAGAUUAUAAAUGUACUCUUGAAAAACAUAUUAGAAUGAUGUUACAAAAUAAUUCAUCAUCUGGUUCUGCAUUUGAAUUAAAAAAAAGAGGUUCAUUAGAUAAAUAAAUCAAUUCAUUAAUUUGCCGAUCCAAUCUAAUAGAAAAUUAAUUCAAAGUUUAAAUUGUAAAUUACUGGACUGAUGAACAAUAAAUGGUAAUAAUGGCUACUGAAUGUUUAAAUAAUUAUUCUUAAAAUCAUGAUAAAUUAGAAUUAAAUUUUAAAAAUAGACUCAUAACUUCUUUAGCUUAACAUUGUUUGAAUGUUUACUUAAAAGAAAAAAAUGAUAGAUUUUCUUAAUUAUAAUGCAUGAAUUACUUUGUAUCUUUAAAUAUUCUAUAAAAUCCACAUAUUUUAAAUGGGGUUAGUGUACAGAAAUAUAGUUCAAAUCAGAUUAUAUAAUUAUUAAAGUCAGUCUUUGGAAAUCAACUAACAAUUAUUAAUAAAUUAAAAAUAUAAAAUUUGUAUAUAGAUUUAAACUCAGUUUUGUUGAUAUUUAUUUCAUUACUUUAAUUUAGAUAAAAAAAUGAAGGGUUUAUCAAGUUAUCAUCAAAAAUUAAUGAAGAGAAUAUUGAAACUAUACAUUUUACUUUGAUAUAACCAACUAAAUAAAUAGUUCCUUAAAUUAGAGUUUACUUUACUAAACCCUUAAAUUUUUGUGAUAAACAAGACAAAUCUUUAAAUAUCUUACAUCUUCAAGAGUAUCUACUACAUUUAGAUAAGAAGUUAAAUUAUAAGGAUCCAUUAAAAGCUGCAACUAUAAUCAUUAUGAAAUUUUUACUCUGGCGUUUCUGUUGUAAUGCAUAGAUUAAAACCAAAUAAAAAAAUAACUUAACUUAUUUUUCAUUUUCCUUGCUUAAUUAGUGA